UCACAAGAAGAAUCUGGCACUUACACAACUAUCGAAUGAAAGUUUGAAAAAAAUUGACAGCGAUCCAAAACAGAUGAACGUUUUUCAUCAGAGCAUUUGGUGAAUCGUAAACAUGUUGGGUGUGAUUUUGUGAAGUUUUUUUUUUCAUAUUUGUUUGUUAAAAUCCACAGUACUGGCGGUCGGCUAAAUGAUUUAAUGCGAGGCUGAGUGAGCGGUGCGCGGCGCGAUGGAAAACGAGGAGCAGGAGAGGAAGAAGCUGAACGACGACAUGGUGGUGUUCCUGCGCAAACGCAGCGAGACGGAGACGCCGCGGUACGCCGCUCGACUGCACGCCUACGUCGACGUGCAGAGGAAGCGUAACCGUGCGGCCGCAGCCAAGAGACGCUCUGAGCACGGCCACGAAAGGAAAAUCUCCGCAAACAAGAAGAAAGGCGAGAUUGAGCAGAAAGACAAGAAUGCUGAAAACUCGGCCAGCAGACUAAACGCUGCGCGCAGAUCCAACUGUGGAUUGGUGGGAGAACACCCUGGCGCAGAAGAUGAUCGUAUGAGCAGAAGACGCGGUGGUGACAAGAACGGCAUGGGCCGCACCCGCUCGUUCUCGCGAUCCCGGUCCGCAGAGCCGUCGGACCGCUGCGGUCGCCGCCGCAGACGCCGCCGCUCAUGCAGCCGUCGUCGCCGCCGUCGCCGUAGCUGCCGCCGUCGACGCCGGCGCAGUUGUCGGCGUAGACCGCGCCGGCGUCGCCGCAGCUGUAGCCGUCGCCGCCGCCGCCGCAGUUGCCGUCGCAGGCGCCGCCGGUGCCGUUAGACCUCGGGUCCGGCGAUGCGCCGAUGUUAUACAGAUUCGAAAUUUUUUGUGAUGUUUUGGUGUUGUUUUAUUUUUUGGAAUAUACAUUUCGAAUU